GAUCAAGACAUAUUUGUGAUUUUCACUAAAAAUUUUAUUCCAAUUUUUCGUAAACAUCGAAUAUUUUGCUAAUAAUGAAUUAGUAUUUGUUUCCUAAAGUAUUCAGAAUAAUAAUUUUAAUGAAUAGUUGACUAGGGAGGGAAAGAAAACACUGAAAAUUUUGUUUACUCCAAAAAUCAUUUCUCCAAACAUAACCUAUGUUAGGUUUCUGUCAUUAAAUUAAAUAUUAAAAAUAUUGAUAAAAUAGUAUAAAAUUAUUAUUACUAUUACUAAUUGAGUAAAUAGAGUAAAAUGUAUAUUUGAGCGUUAAUAAAACGCUUUUUUUUAAAUAAAUAAUUAAGAAUUCAAGUGUAUGUGUCAAAAUUUUGAAACUCGCUUUUGUUACUAAAAAAAGAAAGGAACAAGUAGUUUUUAAAAAACAGUUUAUUUACUGUUUAAUUAUAUAAAGUGUAGGGGAAAAUGAGUGAAAAUCCAGCGACAAAUAAUAUUGCCGAAAGUAAUGGGGUUAUUGAUCAUCCAGCUUUUAAUGGAAAUACAGACGAGCAACCCGCUAAAUCACCUUUAAUAACAGAGGAAAAAACACAAGAUGCUGCUGAUAAUAAUAAUAAAAAGGCAGCGACACCGAGUUCAGGAACAACUCCAACCGUUCCUGCUAAUAGGGGUAAAAAACGAAAAAAGCCAGUGAGAGAUGCAACUGCACCGAAACAACCCUUAACAGGAUAUUUCAGAUUUCUCAAUGAUCGUAGAGAGAAAGUGAGGGCGGAAAAUCCAACAAUGUCCUUUGCGGAUAUAACGAAACUUUUAGCUUCUGAAUGGAGCAAUUUGCAAACUGAUCAAAAACAGCAAUACUUGGAUGCUGCGGAACAGGACAAAGAACGAUACAAUAGGGAAAUUAUUGACUACAAACAAACGGAGGCUUAUCGUUUGUUUACCGAAAAACAGUUGGAAAAGCAAACCGACAACAAAAAGGAGAGAAACGGAUCUGAAGUUUCCCUUGAACAAAACGAUACACAACCGGAAAAAGAUGAUUUCUCAGGAUUUGACAUUCCUAUUUUCACCGAAGAAUUCUUAGAUCACAAUAAAGCUUGUGAGGCAGAAUUGAGACAAUUGAGAAAAGCGACAGCCGAUUACGAGGGACAAAAUGCAGUUCUCCAAAGGCACGUGGACAGUUUGCACGCCGCCGUUAAUCGUUUAGAAACGGAAACAAAUCAGCAGCGCACGUCCAAUCAAGCUUUACAGAGACACUUGGAUUCACUUCGUUCACAAUUAACCGGAUGCUUUGCCACAAUACCCCUUCAAGGAACACACGAAGGUGCAACGUUACAAAAUAUUGACAGUUAUUUGGAGAAACUCGAGUCAUUAUUGUCAUGCAGUAUUGAUCCAUCAUUGCGAAAUGCUGUUCGCAAUGCUGUGUCUCAUCUUGAAUUGAUUGGAUGACAAUCACCCUCCAAUGUUGCGCCUCCAACUGUAAAACAUCAUCGCUCACGACAUUCGCAUCGUAAAUGAGGGUAGCACUUUUUUAAUUCAAAAAAAAAAUAAAUAAAUAAAAUUCGCUACCCAGUAUUAAAUAAACCAAACUGAUAAGAAAAGAAUAUGAUCAAUUUCCCCGCCGCUCCUCUCAACCCGAUCGUUGAGAGAGAAAAUUGAAAUCUUUUAUGAAAAAUGACACAAAUAUAAUCAAUAUUUUUUAUUUCUCUUUUCAAAAGAAACCAAAAUAAUUCAUUUUCAUCAAAAGAAAAAAAGUAAUUAUGAAAUUAA